AUGGCUCGCUUUACUUGCGCACAUAUCAAGAAGGAUAACACUAUUUGUGGAAAUAAGUGCUGUGACCCCACUGGGUGUUAUAGGCACUGGAAAUUAUAUGAAAAAAAUAUAGAAAAAAAACCCUGCCUUGUUAGUGGUUGUCGUAAAUAUACUCUUUCUACUACUGGAUGUUGUCCUGAUCAUUCGAGUAGAUUUCAUUCGCUAAAUUAUCGGAUGAAGCAGAAGUAUAAAGCUGAGGCCCUUCAACCCAAAAUCCCUGAAGCUCCAAUUUCCAAGUCAGAUAAUAAUAAUGCUUCGAUCCAUGAACACUUGUUUUCCGCUUCUUUACAACUAUUUGCAGAUUCGUUAAGAAGAGAUUUAACAGAUUCAAUCCGAGUCGAAAUACUAAGCGAUAAGGUUGUAAUUAAUGGCUCAGCUACAGAGACACCCAGAAUCUAUGAAGAUCCAGUUUCUGAGUCAGAUGAUGAGGAUAUGGGUCUCGGCCUAUUUGGGGAUUAG